CUGCUAAAGUGUUUCUGCCGAGGCGGCCAUGGUGUGCCAGUAGUAGAGAUGGCGACGAGGGGACCCCGGCAGCGGAAUAGACGAGGAAGCAAACAAGACACAAAUAACGUGAAUACUAACGUUGCCAGUGAUACCCGAGUAACAAAAGACGAAAAGGCGAUCGAGGACAGUAAAACCCCAGAAAUACGGAAUGAGGCCACCAGCAAGGCGGGCCAGGUAUGGGCACCCGAGGGCUCCACUGCCUUCAAGUGCCUGGUCUCGGCCCGCUUCUGCGCCGCCUUGCUCAGCAACAUCUCCGAUUGCGACGAGACCUUCAACUACUGGGAGCCUACACACUACCUGCUGUAUGGCAAAGGGAUGCAGACAUGGGAAUACUCCCCGGCCUACGCCAUCCGGUCUUACGCCUACCUGUGGCUGCACGCCCUGCCCACCUGCUUUCACGCCAAGAUACUGCAGACCAACAAGGUCCUGGUGUUCUAUUUCCUGCGCUGUGUGUUGGCAUUCACUUGCUGCGUCUGUGAGCUGUAUUUCUACAAGGCCGUGUGUAAGAAGUUUGGUCUGCACGUGGGACGGCUGAUGCUGGCCUUCCUUGUCCUGAGUGCUGGAAUGUUCUGCUCCUCAGCAGCCUUCCUGCCCAGCACUUUCUGCAUGUACAGCACGGUCGUGGCCAUGACAGGCUGGUUUCAGGACAUGCCCAGUUUGGCCGUCCUGGGCGUGGCAGCAGGGGCUAUCGUGGGCUGGCCCUUCAGCGUUCUUUUAGGGUUGCCCAUUGCUUUUGACCUGCUGUUGCUGAAGCGCAAGUGGAAGAGCUUCAUCACCUGGACUCUGGUGGCUCUGCUUCUGUUCCUGGCCCCUGUGGUGGCAGUGGACAGUUAUUACUAUGGAAAGCUGGUGGUUGCUCCCCUCAACAUCAUCCUAUACAACGUGUUCACUCCCCACGGCCCCGAUCUCUACGGCACAGAGCCCUGGCAGUACUACUUUGUAAACGGUUUCCUGAACUUCAACGUGGUGUUUGUGCUGGCCCUGCUCUCUCUGCCUCUCACUGCGCUGAUGGAAGCCCUGCUGCAGAGGUUCAAUGUGCAGAACCUGGGCCGGCCCUACUGGCUCACACUCUCUCCCAUGUACCUGUGGAUGCUGGUGUUCUUCACACGGCCCCACAAAGAGGAGCGAUUCCUCUUCCCCAUCUACCCCCUCAUCUGUCUGUGUGGGGCUGUGGCCCUGUCAUCACUGCAGAAAUGCUACCACUUCCUGUUCCAGCGCUACCGUCUGGAGCACUACACCAUCUCCUCCAACUGGCUGGCCCUGGGCUCCGUGCUGCUGUUCUCCGUCCUGUCGCUGUCUCGCUCCGUGGCCCUCUUCAGAGGCUACCACGCCCCACUGGACCUGUAUCCAGAGUUUCACCGCAUAGCCAAGGACCCUACCAUUCACACGGUUCCAGAGGGGAGGCCGGUCACCGUCUGCGUGGGCAAGGAGUGGCACCGAUUCCCCAGCAGCUUCCUGCUGCCCAACAAUUGGCAGCUGCAGUUCAUUGCGUCUGAAUUUCGGGGACAGCUCCCCAAACCCUACGGCCUGGGGCCCCUGGCCACGCGGAACCUCCCCUCCCAAAUGAACGACCAGAACCUGGAGGAGCCAUCCAGAUACGUGGACAUCAAGCACUGCCACUACCUGGUGGACCUGGACACGGAGACGGAGGCCCCUCGCGAGCCGCGCUAUGCCGCCAACAAGGAGGAGUGGACCAUCGUAGCCUACAAGCCCUUCCUGGACGCUGCCAGGUCUUCUCGUCUGCUCCGGGCGUUCUUCGUCCCGUUCCUGUCAGAGCAGUACACCACGUACAACAGCUACGUCAUUCUCAAACCGCGCCGGCCCAAGCAGACCAGGAAACGGACACAACCCUGACCCCCCUGACCCACGAUCCCACGCGCACACGCACACACACACCACACACACACACACACACACACACACACACACACACGACCAUCACCCUCUGUCCAUUCCCUCAGGUCAUAGUUUCCUAUAUUCCCUGUCGUCAGCUUGGCCAGCUGCUCCGCCCGCUCUCAGUGUCCGUGUAUGCCUGCAGUAUUUGUGUGUGAAUACGUAGUACGUGUCGUUGUGCGUGUAUGAUGUUUUAACACUAUAUAUGUGUGUAUUUAUGCAUGGUUGUGUGUGUCUGUGCGUAUGUAUGUAUGCGUGCGUGUGUGUGUGUGUCUGUGUUACACUAGUUGCUAAGAUGAGACCAGUAAAAAGCCAGACCAGGCUUGGACCAGGAGGGUCAGGGAAAGGAUGAGCCUGCAAACACACCAGUGGAGCUACAGAGCAGCUGUACAACCAAGCCCCAUCUCACCUCUGACCUCUCCCCCACUAUCUCACAUUCCUUCACCCUUCGCCCACAUCCAUCUGUAACUGCCUCUCGGGUUUGUGUGUAAAUGAAGAAGGCUGAAGAUGGGAAGGCGUCUGGUCCUCUCCCCGUCCUGGUGGGUCCGUGUUCUCUUUGUUCCCCGUGACCGGCCCAGGAAACCAAAUGAACCGAACUCUGCCGGGCCUCACCCUGGCCCGUUUACGCCCCUGCCGGCACCGUGUCCCGUCUUUCUGUGUUCUUCCUUUAUUGAGUAAAUGUCUUGCUAAGCCAUACUGUGCGAUUCGUCCUGAUCCCCCACAGCGCCCCCUUUUGGCAGAAAGAUGUAGAAAUAACCAUGCGGUUCUAAAAGGCUAACUGAUGUUCUUUACAUUUAUGAUUUCAUAUAUAUUUGUGAUCAGAAAAUUGAACAGAAAAUGGGAAAAAGUCAAUAAGUAGGUUGUAAGUGAAUGAAAAAAUAUCCUGUGGAAAAUGUAUGCCUGGAAGAAAAAAAUAUUUGUCGGAUGUUAAAUUUACAAAUUAUUGGUAUGUCCAUCCUAAAAUUAUUCUUAUUAUUUUUAAUCAAUGAAUGGCCCCUGAUGCCUUCAAAGUGAAAGGUAUAAGGUGGUUCUGUAAAGUGAAGGAGACUCCUUGUUGGUGCACUGAAGCCAUGUGUCAGCUACCAAAAAGGAUCAGGAUGUCAGUGUUGAAUGUUUACAUUUGGAUUGUCUUGUGUAUUGUAACAGGAAAUCAAACCAGUGUUAACUGUGACCAGGACAUUGUCAAAUAAACGACAAGAUAUCAUUG